AUGGGAUCAUCCUUGAGUGCUUGCUGUAGCUCAGAGGAGGUAGAUGAAGACAGGACUACUCGUGAAGUUGGUGGAGGAGGUCACACAUCAUGGAGAAUAUUUUCGUACAAGGAGUUGCAUACAGCUACCAAUGGGUUUAGUGAUGACAAUUUACUUGGAGAAGGAGGGUUUGGAAGUGUUUAUUGGGGAAAGACCAAUGAUGGUCUACAGAUUGCUGUGAAGAAGUUGAAAGCAAUGAAUUCAAAAGCUGAAAUGGAAUUUGCAGUUGAGGUUGAAGUUCUUGGAAGGGUUAGGCACAAGAAUUUGUUGGGACUUAGGGGAUAUUAUGCUGGUGCUGAUCAACGCCUUAUUGUGUAUGAUUACAUGCCAAAUCUUAGUUUACUUUCUCACUUGCAUGGCCAGUUUGCAAGUGAAGUUCAGCUGGACUGGAAAAGGAGAAUGAAGGUUGCUAUUGGCUCCGCAGAAGGCCUCCUGUACUUGCACCAUGAGGUGACACCCCACAUCAUUCAUAGAGAUAUAAAGGCUAGCAAUGUGCUAUUAGAUUCAGAUUUCGAACCACUCGUUGCAGAUUUUGGGUUUGCCAAGCUAAUCCCCGAAGGUGUGAGCCACAUGACUACUCGAGUCAAGGGCACUUUGGGUUACCUAGCUCCUGAAUAUGCUAUGUGGGGAAAAGUUUCAGAGAGCUGUGAUGUUUACAGUUUUGGUAUUCUUCUUUUAGAGCUCGUAACUGGAAGAAAACCCAUCGAAAAACUCCCUGGCGGAGUUAAGAGGACGAUCACUGAGUGGGCAGAGCCACUUAUAACCAAAGGCAGACUUAAGGAACUUGCUGACCCAAAACUCAUAGGAGAUUUUGAUGAAGGUCAACUGAAGCGAGCUAUCAAUGUUGCUGCACUUUGUGUGAAAAGUGAGCCUGAGAAAAGGCCCAAGAUGAAGGAAGUGGUUGAUCUUUUAAAAGGGUAUGAGGCUCAAGCCAAGAUGACACCACUGAGAAUUGAAAGUGUGAGAUACAAGGAGGAGCUUCUGGCCCUCGACCAAGCUACCGACGACGAUGAAGAUGGAGGAGCAGACGAAAGUACUAACGGGUAUGGAGUUUUUAGUGCUAUAGAGGUGCAGAAAAUGCAGGAUCCUUACACGGAGAGGAGAAUGGCCAAAUAUAUGUGACAGUGUGAGAGA